AUGCCUCGAUCAGAAGAAGCCGAGUGGUGGGCAAAUGCCGUUUACGCUGCCAUUCAGGAAAUCCCUCCCGGCAAAGUCACAUCCUACGGCCAUAUCGCCCUACUUCUGGGUGAACCUCAAAGACCACGUCAGGUUGGUGUCUGUCUCAAGUCGCUGCCUGCUUCAGAAUCCGGCAUGGAAUUCAACUCCUUUACUGUUCCCUGGCAGCGAGUUAUCAAUUCCAAGGGGAUGAUUUCUCAUCGUGGCCCCGGCAGCGCAGAGCGGCAAGCAGAAGCUUUACGAGAAGAGGGCGUUGAGGUAACCUCGGACAGUAUGGGUGAGAUGUAUGUUGAUUUCUCACGAUAUGGGUGGUUUCCGAAGACCCUACCAAGUGAGGAAUACGAAGAUGAUGAUGACUCUUGA